AAUUCGGUGACGUCAACACACACGGACGUCGGUGUCGUGUGGCACACCACGCAAACCGCAUCCGCUUAAAUCCCCUCUUGCUAGCUCGCUCGUUCGCUACUUCUCUCUCAUGGCGGACAAGGACAGCGUUAAUGCAAACCGUCCAUCCAUCGACCCCAUCACGGGCUUCUGCGCUGCAACCAAGACCUUCCACAGUAUCCGUCCAACAAUUCCUCUCCCUCCUCUCUCCCUCCCCCUCUCCUCCGGCUCCUACUCUCUCUCUCUCCUCCUCUCUUCAUCUCCACUCCCUUCAUCUCCCGCUCUCAUCGACUCAACCUCCGGACAGACCCUCUCCUACCACGAUUUCAUCCUCCGCGUACAAUCCCUGUCCUCCGCACUCAAACCCCUCCUCUCCCGAGGACAGACUGCUCUCAUCCUCGCCACUCCGUCUCUCCACAUCCCUGUCCUCUACUUCUCUCUCCUCUCCCUCGGCGUCGUCGUCUCCCCUUCCAACCCCGCUUCCACUCCUCCCGAGAUUUCCCGCCAAAUCCACAUCAGCCGCCCUGUCAUUGCCUUCGCCACGUCAGCGUCUGCGCCAAAGCUCCCUCCCUCCCUCCCUACCAUCCUUCUCGACUCCCCCCUCUUCCUCUCCAUGAUCGCACCACGUGGCGCCUCGGUUGCCGUCAAUCCCGCCUCGGAUGAGCCCAACCAGUCGGAUGCCGCGGCGAUCCUAUACUCGUCGGGGACGACCGGUAAAAUAAAGGGAGUGGUGCUGACCCACCGGAAUAUCAUAUCACUUUUGGCCGGGAUCUACGCCGUCAGGCAGGAAAGGGCGCCGCCGGCGGUUGUGCUGGUGACGAUGCCGCUGUUCCAUAUGGUCGGUUUGUUCUACUGUUUGAAGGCGGUGUCGAUGAGAGAGACGGUGGUGAUGAUGGAGAGGUUUGAGGUGGGGAAGAUGGUGAGGGCGGUGGACGAGUUCCAGGUCACGCACUUGUCAGCAGCGCCGCCAGUGGUGUUGGCAAUGACGAAAGGGGAUAUGGUGGAUCCGUACAGGUUGAGGUCGCUCAAGUGGGUGCUCUCCGGCGGAGCGCCCCUAGGCAAAGAGGUGAUCGAGCGGUUCAAGUCCAGGUUCCCAGCCGUCCAACUAGGCCAGGGGUAUGGAAUGACGGAGACGACUGGACCAAUUUUCCGGCCAACCUCACCGGAAGAAACCCAGCACUAUGGUUCGGUGGGGCGGCUUUCAGCCUACAUGGAAGUGAAGAUCAUGGAUCCUGCAACCGGCAUUGCUUUGCCUCCAUGCAAGCAAGGAGAGCUUUGGGUUAGAGGCCCUACAAUCACCAGAGGUUAUGUUGGAGAUGAAGUGGCAACGGCCGCAGCAUUUGAUUCCGAAGGGUGGUUGAAAACUGGCGAUCUUUGUUACAUGGACAACGAUGGAUUUCUGUUCGUCGUCGAUAGGUUGAAAGAAUUAAUUAAGUACAAGGCUUACCAGGUUCCUCCAGCAGAAUUGGAGCACUUGCUUCAAUCACACCCAGAAAUCACUGAAGCGGCUGUGAUUCCGUACCCAGAUGAAGAAGCGGGACAAGUGCCCAUGGCCUUUGUGGUGAGAAAACCUCAAAGCACCCUCGACGAUAAGCAAGUCAUGGAUUUUGUCACCAAACAGGUUGCACCAUACAAGAAAAUACGGCGAGUUUCAUUUAUUGAUUCCAUACCCAAGACUGCGGCUGGCAAAAUUCUAAGGAAGGAUUUGGUAAAGCUUGCAACCUCAGCCUCUGCGCCCUCAAAAUUAUAAAUAAUUCUACUGUUUAUGAUAUUUCCUUUGUUUAAUACUGCAAUUAAACUGAAUUUUUUAAAGUGGCUUUUAAGCUUUUCAAUUUCAGAAAAUACAUCUGUGGCAAGAGUUUGGUGUUGAGUAACCUAUCCUAACUGGGUAUCGCUUGUUGGUAUCUAGAAAAUGACAGAAGAACAGUGCUAUUUGUAGGGUUUUGCUGGAAUUGAAAUUCUAGAUAGCUUUUCAUUGCUAUUUAUAGGGUA